AUGACAAAAGAUACUAAAUUGGAUGAUGUUUUUGGGAUUACUUAUCAAACAGAAACUUGGACAAAAGAUAAUGAUUCUGUUAAAAAAUCAGAACAAAAAGAAAACGAUUUGAAAGAUGAUGUUUUUACAGAACAAAUUUUAAAUUCUUCACCAAGUACAAAAAUUGAUUCUUGUAACGUUGAAAAAAAUAAUGAUAAAGAUGAAUCUGUUGAUGAAGAUUUUUUCACAACAAAUUUUUUUUCAAAAUAUAAUAAUAUAAAAAAAUCUUUAAGUCAUUCAUCUUCUUAUAAUUCUCAGGAAAAGCAAGUUAACAAUUUAAAAGAUGAUAAAUAUAUGCUGAAAAAUGUAAUAAGCCAACCUAUUUUUGUUCAGACUGGAGAUUAUGGAAUCCAAAUGAUAAGAAAUAUGAUAGAUACAUGUUGGAAAUAUAACAAAGUAGAAUUAGCAAAUUAUAUGGAAAAAAGAGUUAUUUAUAAUGAUAAUUCGUUAAUAGCUUUUGAUAAACCUAUCUUGCUUAGCUAUAGCGGGAGUUACAGCGAUAAUUCUAUUAAUAUGGAUAGCUGUUUACAGGAAUUAAAGAAACUUGUGGCUCCAAAUAUUCCUCGUCUUAAUUUGGUAAAAUCAUUAGAUAAACAAUAUAGUGGUAUUACAUUAUUUGCUAAAAGUUCAGAUGAACAGAAGCGUUACAAAGAAAUGAUUGAAAAUAACUUAAUAAAAUUUACUUACCGCUUACUUGUUCGUGGAAUUCCCCCUUAUAAUGAUGGAGUAAUAAAUUUUCCUUUAGUAAAAUUACUCAGAAAUAAAAAUGAUAUUAUAGUGAAACCAUGUAUUCAAGAAAAACUACCUAAAAAUAAUAGUAAAGGAGUAAUGUUUGCGACGACAAACUACAGAAUAAUUGAGAAGAACAAACUUGCAAAUAUGGCCUAUUUAGAAGUAGAAACACAAACUGAUUUUCCUCAUCAAAUAAGGGCUCAUUUAUCAUAUGGUCUAAAUACUCCUUUAGUUGGUGACUUCAAAUACAAUCCAUUGAAUAGAAGUAAUGUACAAACUCCGCCAAAAUUUACCAAUGAAGCAAAUAAUUUACUAGAUAUAACUAGUCAAAAUGGUUACAAAAAAGUUCCAAUGUUAUGUCAUCUUAAGGCUUUGACAUUUCCGGGAAUGCAGAAAUCAUCUAACAAGUCUCUCAGUAUUUCAUGUCCAAUGCCACAACAUAUGAAAUAUAUUUUAAAAAAACUUAGAUUGUUAAAAAAAUAG